AUGGUGAAAAAUACGGGCAGAGCGUCCGCGUCUCGUUCCCGGUCUGUAUCGGUCGUGAACACUCCCACGGCGAAUAGACAGAAAGACAAACUCGCUGGUACCGGAGCUCUGCCGCUGAAGGGCAUCUUGACGCCGAGCAAACGCGGUGAUCGGCAGACGCCCCGGAAGAGUGUCGCCUUCGGGGACCCAGAAGGUCGCAAGGGAACACCCCUCGUUUUCAAAGACAUUCCGAAGCCGGGAAGGAAGAAACAGAGCCUCGAGGAGCAGCUACGGGAUACGGCCAAUGCAACGAAGUCACAGCCAUCUCAGGAACACAAACCUGCGCAACCGCAAGAAAAUAGGGACGACAGAGGAGAAGAAGAAAGAAAAGAAGAACAGGAGGAGGGAGAAGAAGAAGAAGAAGAAGAAGAAGAGGAGGAGGAAGUUGAUGAAGUCUGCGCCAUUUGUUCGAAACCCAAUUCCCGCCCACCGAACGAAAUCAUAUUCUGCGACGGUUGCGAUAUGGCCGUCCAUCAAAAGUGCUACGGUGUCCCUAAGAUUCCAGAAGGCGACUGGUUCUGCAAGGAAUGCGUGCAGCGCAAGGAAGCCAAGGCGGCUGAGGGCGCCAACGUACCCAACUUCGAACAUCACCUGCGCUCUCUGCAGCGGGUGCUGCUGGAUCGAUGCACGGGGCGACGGCGGAUCAAACUGAUCGACCAGCACGAGGCCUACGGAACAGUGCAUCAGUUGCUUCAACAGACGGUCCUCCACGGCGAGGGCAACUCGAUGCUCGUUAUCGGAGGGAGAGGAUGCGGCAAGACCACGCUGGUGGAGAGCUCGAUGGAGGAACUCUCUGCGGACCACCGGGAGGAGUUCCACGUAGUUCGAUUAAACGGCUUCAUCCAGACCGACGACAAGCUAGCUCUGAAAGAGAUUUGGAGGCAGCUUGGCAAGGAGAUGGAUGUGGAAGAUGAAUCUACAACGAGGUCGAAUUACGCGGACACGAUGGCAUCGCUCCUCGCGCUUCUAUCUCAUCCCUCCGAAAUCUCGCUGACAGAGGAGGGGUUGACGUCCCGCGCGGUGAUUUUCAUCAUUGACGAAUUCGACAUGUUCGCGUCGCAUUCGCGCCAGACGCUACUGUACAACCUCUUCGACAUCGCGCAGUCCCGGAAGGCGCCCAUCGCCGUGCUGGGCUGCACCACGCGGCUGAACGUGGUAGAAAUGCUCGAGAAGCGGGUGAAGAGCCGUUUCAGCCAUCGAUACGUGUACCUGGCACCGCCCAGGAGCUACCCGGCCUACUGGCAGGUUUGCCAACAGGGGUUGACGGUAGACGAGGAGGACAUGGAGAAGGAGGGAAUCGAUGUCAGCGUGGAGGGCCAUGACCGGUUUUACGAGAAUUGGAACCGGAUGAUAGAGGACCUCUACAAUGAAAAGUCGUUCCAGGCAUUGUUAAAACAUCACUACUACACGUCCAAAUCAGCGUCGGCAUUUUGGGCGGACUGCGUCCUGCCCCUAUCGAGGCUCUCACCGAAUGCUCUGGGGCUGGAGAUACCCUCGACGUCCGGGUGGUUGGUCCGGCUCGCGCCCCCCCACUCGAAGCUGCACCUCCUGGGGUCCCUUUCGGAGCUGGACGUGGCCCUGCUGAUCGCGGCGGCGCGGCUGGACAUGGUGGCGCACACGGACACGAUCAACCUGGCGAUGGCGUACGAGGAGUACGCGUCCCUGAUGGGGCGGCAGAGGGUGCAGUCUGCGAGCUCCGGGAUGAUGGCGCUCGGGGGCGGGGUGCGGGUCUGGGGGCGGGGCGUGGCGGCGGUGGCUUGGGAACGACUGAUCGCGCUCGGAUUGCUGCUGCCGGCCGGGAUUGGCGGGGGCCGGGGAGGAGGAAUGAUGCGUGGUGGGUUGGAAGGACGGAUGUGGAAAGUCGCGGUCGCUUUGGAGGAGAUACCGAUGGGUGCGAAGCUGAGUCAGGUGUUGACGAGGUGGUGUAAGGAGGUCUGA